CAGCGUUACACAACACCAGCGGUGAACGGAGCUGUGACACAGUAAACACGACACUCACGGUGCCCACGAGACACGCAUCUCCCUCUUCUCCUCUCUUCUCUCCUCUCGUCGCGAGCAUAACCCACCGCCAUACCUUUGCCAGGGCGGAUAAGACUCUCUCAGCAACACACCGCACGCCCGCCUCAAUCAUGGCAUUGGACUCUGAAGCACCCGGCUCGGCCUCGUCUGCGCCGCCCUCACCAACGCCCGCAAUCCUAGACCUCGACCCACAAGACGCCACGCGCCUCAACGCGUUCCGCGCCUGGCUCGCGCCCGAUCCGCCGAUCAACGGCCUCGCGCGCGACGACAUCAUCCGCGAAUACAUCGCCCUGACCGAGACGCUGUGCGCGCGCAACCAAACCCUCACCACCUACGCGCACGACCGCUUCCUCGAGGCGCAGGACCUGCGCUCCGCGAAGCUCGACCUGCAGCGCCAGCUCGCGUGUCUCCGGCAGCGCUUCAACGCAUUCAAGUGCGAUGCGGAGAACCGCGAGGGCUUGCUGCGCGGCCUGGUGCCGAAGGAGAAGCUGGUGCUGCAGAUGCCAGCAUCUCGGCGCGACGAGGGCAAGGGCGAGGGCGAGGACGAGGAGAAGAACGGCCUGGUGACGAUGGUGGAGGAGUUUGUCGGGCGGGUGGUGGAGGAGCGCACGGAGAUAAGCGAGCUGAAUACUCGGCUUUCGCAGGAGGGGGAGGCGCUGAGGACGGAGGCGAGGCGCGCGGCGGAGGAGAGGAAGGGGUUGGAGAGGAAGGUGAGGCGGUUGGAGACGGAGGUUAAGGAGGAGAGGGCGCGGGCGAGGCGGUGUGAUGAGCUGGCUGUGCAGGUGGAGCAGGUUAGUAUGCGCGGUGGUUGGAUGCUUGCUCGCUGACGAAGAUGGAUGCGGUGCAGAACGAAAAGCAGCUCGAGACUCUACGCCAGCAGCAAUAUCCGCAACCUCCCCAGGCUCAGAAACCCGCCCAAGACCACGCCUCCCCCUUGGUUCCAGUCCAAAUCCCACCCGCAGUCCAAUCCUCACCCAUCCGCCCCCCACCCCAA